AAAAGCAGGGGCAAAAUAUCAGUGCAUUCAGUCCGUCGCUUAGCUGGUUAAAUUGGCUCUGCCUGUCGACGCUCCGAGUUAUUGAACCGGAGCCAUUAAACGCGGGCCUGUAGCUUUCCCAUUACAUUGCAUACACUAGUCCAUACUGUUACACCCUGUUCUAGCUGGCCUUACUUUCUCUUGGGUCGUUUAGUCAGAACGUCGACAGGUGACCGCAGCUCUACAGCCAUUGCACGGAACGGAGGCUCCGAACUCGCGAAUAGCUUAGUGCUGCUGUCUUAAGGUGUUACUGUAACCUUCACUGCUUGGAAGCGAAGCCUUUGAGGGCGUAGCGUCAUACCAACCCCCGACGACGCACAGUUUGCAUCGCGGGCGUUGCUAGCAGGAGCCCACUGGGCACGUUAGCUACAGCUUGUCGGCUUGCCAGAUCCUCAGUUGCGUGCGAGCUUACCAGCAUCGUCCCACGGGCCCCUACCUUAAAGCAUGCCAGGCAAUCCUGUCAGCCCCGCUGCACCUUUCCUGGUUACCACAGCUGGUUUGUCAAGUCAAAGCAGCUGCCAACAAUCAACGACCCUAUAGAGUCUUGCCGCAUACCUGGUGUGACCCUACAACAUCAGCAUCGUCUAAUAAUAACAACAUUCUCUUAGCAACUAUAGCAGUCUUGCCGAGUCAGCAACAGCAGCGACCGCAGCCAUGUUCUACUCGACUCAGAUUCUUGCCCGCAAGGGUCCCCUCGGACUUGUUUGGAUGGCUGCGCACAUGGAUCGAAACCUGAAGCGAAGCCAGGUCCACGAGACGUCCAUUCCCGGCACCGUGGAUGUGUUGUUGUCCCCCGAGGCUCCCCUUGCGCUGCGUCUGAGCGGUCAGUUGCUGCUGGGGGUGUGUCGCAUCUACGCGAGGAAGGUCGGGUACCUGCUGCAGGACUGUCAAGACGCACUGGUCAAGAUCCGCCUCGCCUUCAGGCCGGACCAGCUAGCCGCACUCACCAAGGCAGCAGCGGCCGCAGCAGCAGCAGGUGCGGGAGGAGAGGGGGCCCCCGCAGCUCACACGUUGCCGCUGGACAACAUCACACUGCCGGACGGGCUGGACGAGCUCCAGAUCCUGGCAGGCGAGACGUUUGACCUCCGCGCCCUGCAGCCCGCCAUGGCCUUGGAGGCGGUCAUGGCGGACCUGCAGGCGCAGGUGCAGGCGGCGGCCUGCAGCAUGGGGGC